AGCUGCUCACGCCAGAGGUCACCACAACGGAUCGCAAUCCGCAUCAUGGAUCAGUCCUACCCUAUCGAAAUGCAUUCCUGUGGUGAACCAUCCCCCCCGGAGGAGCAUCUGGAGCAAAGCCAGGAGGGCACAUCUUCCGUGCAACAACAGCCAGAAUGUGACCAUCCUCCAGAGGAAGAAAAUGAACAGCAAAGCCAGGAGGGCACAUGUUCCGUGCAACAACAGCCAGAAUGUGACCAUCCUCCAGAGGAAGAAAAUGAACAGCAAAGCCAGGAGGGCACAUGUUCCGUGCAACAACAGCCAGAAUGUGACCAUCCUCCAGAGGAAGAAAAUGAACAGCAAAGCCAGGAGGGCACAUGUUCCGUGCAACAACAGCCAGAUUUGUCGAAGAAGAAGAAAAAGAUCAGGAGGCGCUGCAUGCUUAUAACGCAGAAUAAUACGCCAGUGUCAAGACUAGAGACUGACUAGAACUGCCUGACGUGCCCGGAUCGCACAUCACGCUUUCUUUCUCUCUGUGUGUGUGUGUGUGUGUGUA